AUGCACACCAGAUCCAAAGGACGAGACAACCUCCUAAGUACAAGCGAUCUUGACAAAGCAGAGCAAAACAAACGGUCACGCAGAGUUACUUCGCGAACCAGAAGACAAGAGGUUCCGGACAUGGCAGCCCAACCCCAACAGGAAGGAUUCCCACCCGGACCGGAACAACAAGGUGGUCAGCGAAACAACCCACCUCUGCGACCUCACCGUCAAAUAGGUGCCGGCGAUGCACCUAACACUCACGAAAACCGUCAAGGCAUAGCCCCGCCGAAUGUGCACAACAACUUCGAAAUCAAACCGCACAUUCUGCAUCAAGUCCAACAAAAGAUCUAUCACGGUCUACCUGAGGAAGACCCGUUGGACCAUCUUGACGAGUUUGACAGAGCAUGUGAUUUGAUCACACAGAAUGGGGUAAGCGAAGACGCAACCAAACUUCGUUUAUUCCCAUUCUCACUUGAUGGCAAAGCUCGCCAAUGGGAAAAGACGAUACCUCGAGGGUCCAUCACAAGCUGGGAUCAGUGCAAGAAAGCCUUCUUGGCUAAGUUCUUCUCCUCAGUCAGAACUGCAAGCUUCAGAACCAACAUCUCAAGCUUCGCACAAAAGCACGGCGAGAGUUUCACAGACGCCUGGGAACGCUUCAAAGGAUAUCAGUCGAAGUGCCCACACCACGGUUUCUCUCAAGAGUCACUCUUAAGCACUCUAUACCGUGGUGUACUGCCUCGCUUCAGGCAGAUGCUUGACACAGCAAGCCAAGGCAACUUCUUGGCCAGAGACGUCGACGACGGUCUGUUUUUGGUGGAAAACAUGGCAAUGAGCAAUGGUACAUACGGCGAAGAUCAUGACCGCACAAACAGAGGAUCCGUCGAAGCAGAGGAAAAGCACAAGAAGGAACUGAAAGUGCUGAACGACAAGCUUGACAAACUGCUUAUAGUCCAGCAAAAACAGUCGGUACACAUGCUGGAGGAACGUGAUGACGAUCAAGAGGAGGAGUUUACACUGAGGACGUCAACUACAUUCAUAGCCAGGGUUACUACAAGAACAACCCCAAUAUGUCCUAUCGAAGCACGAAUGUAG